CUUUUUACAACAUCGUAUUUACUGCAUCAUGCCCCAUGAGACAUUGCUUUAGUCUUCCUGGAAUCGAAGGCUUAAGCUAUAUCGACUGCUCAACCUCGAGCUGAUGUCAAUGCCGAAACCGGGAGGGAACCUCGGCUUCGACUUCGACCCCAUUCCGAUUGACGUUUGUACCUUCGACUUCAGCCUGCCGGUCACGAAGUAAAACACUUGUCCGAAAAAGUUUUCGACGUAUCCAAAUCAUGGCACAUAAGUCGUUGCUAUUGCUUCCGCCAGCGCCGGAGCCAGCUACGUACGCUACUAUCAAAGCCAGUUAUCAGGCUCCCUUACAGCUUGCACUGCGACAUUGUUCCAACGCAGCAAGUGGAUCUAUCCUCGACGUCGCGUUGCCUAUUCCGCAGCUGCAUGAGAAGCGCAGUCAACCACGGGCGGCGAACUACAACGCGGUUCAGACAGCCUUAGCAAACCUGUACAAGCUCAUUACCGCCAUCGCAGUACGCGAGCAAAUCAACGUUGAGGACGGAUCUGGCGUUGACGUACGAGUGCUCCUCCUGUCGUAUCCGAGAGAUGGCGUCGUGCAGCCUGGACCGACAGAAGUUGGAGUAGCGGUAGAGGGUCCCGUGAUCGAGAUCUCCACUUUGGGCCGGUGCCAUCGGAGGUGGAACAAGGUCUUCUCCGUGGAGAGUGAGGAGGGUGAGCAGGUUCUGAAGAACUUCGCUUCGUUUGGAUUGAGAGGCUCAGCGGUGCAAAAACUGUGCGGUGGCAUCGUCUCCGUGUCUCGCACGAGACCAGAAGACGCAGCCUCGGCUUGUCGCCCGCACUACCGUCCAGUGGUGGGGGGAACGUUCGACCAUCUACACAUCGGGCAUAAGUUGCUGCUCACGAUGACCAUAUUCAUGUCCGACCCUGCGUCGGGCGAGCAGGAGCGCUCUGUGAUCGUGGGGAUCACAGCCGAAGAUCUGCUCAAAAACAAGAAAUACGCAGAGUUCCUUCAGGACUGGCACGAGCGCUACGCUGCAACGCACGCGUUCCUUCACGCGCUGACGUCGUUUGAUCCCGAGAACGACCAUCCGGAGGAGAUCUCUGAGGUCAAGAACCCGGGGCCGAACGGGCACGUGGUCACAGCGAGAUACGGCUCUGGGCUGAAGAUCAAGUACACCGAGAUUUGGGACCCGUACGGACCCACGAUCACGGAGGAGAACGUAGACUGCCUGGUCAUCUCAGCGGAGACACGAUCUGGAGGCAAGGCGGUCAACGACAAGCGCAAGGAGCAAGGCUGGCGCGAGCUGGACGUCUUCGAGGUGGAUGUGCUGGACACCGAAGAGCCCGACGACAGGCCCAAUGAAAAAGCCGCACACGCGGAUGCCAUGCACCAAGCGUUCCAGAACAAGCUUAGCAGCACCGAGAUACGCAAAAAGCAAGCGCUGUCCGCCAAAGGCCGAAGCAAAGUGUGAGCAAAAUUGCUCGUCAUGAGAUCCUCGUCCGAGAAGGAGGACCGUGGGCGGGUCGGCGCGCUCUGGAGAUGGCGUUUUUGUUGGCUGUGGAGCGAUAGGCUGAGCGAUUGUGCCUCGUCUGCAUAUGCUGGCUGCUGAGACUCUCGGCUUUACCGCACGACAUGAAAGGCACGGGAUGGGAUGAAAAUCACACCCCCCCCCCCCCUU